AUGAUAGGCAAUGAAAAGAAUUCUGAAUGUGAUUUGCCGUGGUGGGAUGGAGCUCUCGACAACUGCAGGGCAAUUCAAGAAAAAUUUAUUGCUCAAAAAAGCAAAACACGAAGCUAUUGCGGUAAGAGGGCGGACUUUGCUGGGCCCAGCCAAAAAGUUCUGUCCUACUGCGUGUACGGAAAUUAUUCGAAGUACGCAUCGGGAUUUCCCAGCAUUUUAGACGCCAUUAAGAGAUUGUACCCGGGAUGGCUGGUUCGGUUGUACACCGAACCUACGAAGUAUGUCAACGAGCUAAAGCCCCUCAUGCAACAGCACCCGCACUUGUACGUGUGCGACGUGAGCAACUUAGCGGGUGACAUCCCCGACGUCCGCAGGACCGAUUCCAUGCUGUGGAGAGUAGCGGUCUUGGGUGACGAGACAGUCGACGUGUUCCUGGUUCGAGAUAUAGACGCAGAGAUGUUAGACCGUGAAGUGGCAGCCGUGCAUGAGUUCUUGAAGUCAGGAAAGAUGCUGCACAUAAUGCGCGAUACUUCAUCGCAUGGCGUGCCAAUUCUCGGUGGCACUUACGGUGUGAACCAGGCAGCCUGUGACCGCUCGCUCCUAAAUCGCAUCCGCGGCCAAGUUCUUGACCAACCCAAGAAAUCGUACGACCAGUCCGUGCUGCAAACGUACCUAUACCCCAAGCUGGUUCACAGCUCCAUCGCCCACGAUAGCUUCACCUGUCAAAACUUCCCCUCAUCUGUGCCAUUCCCAACCCAGAGAAAGGACGGCAAGUUUGUCGGCAACAGGAGGUACAGAAGUGAAUUCUCGGACGAUAUGGUUAAGAUCGAGUGCCCUGUUAAAUGCCUGUCUCUUAUACACAUCUAG